UAAGGGUAAAACUCAACCACCAUUAGAAGAAGAAGAAGAAGAAGAAGAAGAAGAAGAAGAAGAAGAAGAAACGGAAGAAGCGGUAGAGAAGAGCAAUGGCAGCCAAGACUCCAACCAUUCCCCUCCUCACUCCCCACAAGAUGGGAAAGUUCGAUCUCUCCCACAGGUGUCUACUAAUUGCUUUGAUAUGGCUCGGAGGAACUUCCAUUUGAUUAGGACCUUAGCACAUCUGGGUUCGCGUUGACCCCGACGGGGUUUGUGACUGAGUACUCAGACGGGCAGGCAAAUCCCCGUGCGGAUCAUCUGCAUAUUGCUUGAAAUGGUUGCGACUGAGUUACGAAGAAUGUCGAGAAGGUAGUCCUAGCUCCAUUAACAAGAUGCAGAUCUUAUGGCAAUGUUCCCCAGCCGCAUGCCAUUCUUUACUAUACACAGCGGGCGACUCCCGGCAGUCUCCUCAUCACCGAAGCUACUGUCAUUUCCGAAUCUGCUCGGGGGUAACUCAAUUUACAACUUCAGUUCGUGCUCUAGUCAAUCAAGAAGCAACACCACUGCAAUAAGAGGAUCGUUAUACAUGAAUAAUUAUGGAUCGAAUUAGGUUUCCAGAUACUACGGGGAUUUGGACAAGAGAGCAGAUUGAAGCUUGGAAGCCAAUUGUGGAUGCCGUUCACAAUAAGAGCGGUGUUUUCUUCUGCCAAAUUUGGCACGUUGGUCGCGCCUCAGCAACCGUGCAGCAAAAUGGAGAGCCACCGGUAUCAUCCACAGACAAAGGAAUCACACCUGGGCUCGAUGGAGUGGAUUGGCCACGGCCACGGCCCCUCCGAGCCGAUGAGAUCCCUCUCGUCAUCAACGAAUUCAGAGUCGCUGCUCGCAAUGCCAUUGAAGCCGGGUUCGAUGGGGUUGAGAUCCAUGGGGCGAAUGGAUUCCUGAUUGACCAGUUCAUAAAGGACUCGGUGAAUGACCGGACCGAUGAGUACGGCGGGAGCCUGGAGAACCGGUGCCGGUUUGCCCUGGAGGUUGUGGAAGCCGUGGCCAAUGAGAUCGGGCCUGACCGUGUCGGGAUAAGGCUCUCACCCUUUGCAGACUACAUGGAAACGGGAGAAUCGAACCCGGAAGCCCUCGGCCUCUACCUGGCCAAUGCGCUCAACAAGUACGGGAUUCUCUACCUCCAUGUGAUCGAGCCGAGGAUGAUCAAGGCGUGGGACAAGUAUGUGACUCCUCACAGUCUCCUCCCAAUGAGGAAGGCUUUCAAAGGAACUUUCAUAGCUGCUGGCGGAUACCAGAAGGACGACGGGAAUGAGGCAGUUGCUGAGAAUUAUACGGACUUGGUCGCCUACGGGAGACUGUUCCUAGCUAAUCCUGAUCUACCGAAACGAUUCGAGCUCGACGCUCCACUCAAUAAGUACAACAGAGACACGUUCUACAUCCCGGACCCUGUGGUUGGCUACACUGACUACCCGUUCCUAGAUGAUUCAGCUUGAGCUACAUAUCCGUGGGUGUCUACGGGUAGGGAGAUCUUUUCAUCGUUUCUCAAUCUCUCGAUUCUGGACUUGGUUCCUCAGAAGCUUGCAGAUGGUCCUGGCAAUUGUAUCAGUAGUUUGAACUGAUUGAAUGUUCUGAUGGAGCAUUUGUUAAAUCAAAGAAGUUAAUUGCAUC